AUGGACUUCUUCCGUGCCUGCUGCACCGUCGCUGAGAGCUCCAGUGCUUUCGAGAUGUUGACCGAGGCUUCCCCUUCAGCUCCUGUGACCGUGGCCGAGGUCAUCGAGGUCCAGGCCAAGUGGGCAGCCGCGAUUGCAAAUAUCUCCAAGGUGCACAAGCAAGGCGGCGAUUUCAUCAAGGCUGCUGCUGAAGCCGCUGGCGAGUUGUACGCCUACGGCCAUUCGAACGUGAUGUUCAAGCCCACCAAAGCUGCAGAGUUCCGAUUCCGCCCCACCGCCGAGGAGGCCAUGUCCUACUUCGUCGGUGGCAACGUUGUUCAGGGUGGCUACAAGGAGGACGGCGGUUUCGCCAUCAACGGUGGCAAGGGCUGGGCUUCUUGCGUGUACAACAACCACCAGGUGCAGCUGAAGGGUGGCGUCGGCCUUGCCAUGGGCACCUACGACUUCACUUGUGCCACCACCGGCAGCGUGUCCACUGUCGAGUACACUUUCGGGUAUGCUCGCUGCAGCGAUGGCAAAGUGCGCAUUUUCCUCCAUCAUUCCUCGGUUCCUUUUGCCGCGGCUCCUGCAACCAAGUCUGCACCUGUUCGGGAGGAUGAGGUUCUGGAGGUACAAGCUAAGUGGGCGGGUGCGAUUGCCAAUAUCUCCAAGGUGCACAAGCAAGGCGGCGAUUUCAUCAAGGCUGCUGCUGAAGCCGCUGGCGAGCUGUACGCCUACGGCCACGGUGAUGUGAUGUUCAAGCCCACCAAAGCUGCAGAGUACCGAUUCCGCCCCACCGCCGAGGAGGCCAUGUCCUACUUCGUUGGUGGCAACGUUGUUGAGGGUGGCUACAAGGAGGACGGCGGUUUCGCCAUCAACGGUGGCAAGGGCUGGGCUUCUUGCGUGUACAACAACCACCAGGUGCAACUGAAGGGUGGCGUCGGCCUUGCCAUGGGCACCUACGACUUCACUUGUGCCGCCACCGGCAGCGUGUCCACUGUCGAGUACACUUUCGGGUAUGUUCGCUGCAGCGAUGGUAAGGUGCGCAUUUUCCUUCAUCAUUCCUCGGUUCCUUUUGCCGCAGCUCCUGCCACGAAGUCUGUGGCUGGAAAGCCUGCUGGGGCCGAGGUGAGCGCAAAAUUGGCUGGCGCAUGA